AUGCAGUACAAUCAAACGACCCAGCAGCAGAUCGAAAAGGAGAGGGAUGAGCUGCGUCAAGAGGUUUCGGCGCUUCGGGAUGAGAUUCAGGCGUUUCGAUCCGGAACGCACACAAUAGAUGGACCUGAUGACGUGGACGACCCCCGAAUCAACAUGGACAGGCUGCCGAAGGUGGACGGGAAAAUCCACAUUCCCACCAGCUUGUCCGACGACGAGGCGUUCGCGAAAAACGCGCUCGCCGUGUACGUCGGGAUGAUUACUGCUGGGCCGGCAAAGUCGAUGCAGUUCUACCCCGAUUGGCCAGACCUGGUUCCUUUGAUGGUGCGGAGGUAUGUGCGGCUGGGUGUUUGCAAGGACCUGUAUUACUUCGUGGCAGGAGGUGACAAGUCGAAGGAGGACGAGGCAAUGGAUAAGAUUGCCAACAAGCGGCAAACUAUGAACAAGACUAUGAAGCUUUAUGGCUGCGGCGCUGGAGGUGGCGUGGCGAAUGAAAGGUGGCACGAGCUGGAGCGGGUCGGCCUGAGGCCGAUCGAGUUUAGAGACCCAGUCGUUUGGACGGCUUACUUCAAGGACGGUGAGUCUUUGAGUGUUUGUUAA